GAACAUGAAGAUGAAUAUUCCCAUGACCAGAAGAUUCAGAACACCACUCUGCAUGUCUCUCUUUGUUUUUCUUCCACUUCUGGCUGUUGUUGCUCAUGCAAGAACUUUAUCAGAGAAUAGGCGGCAUGGGUUGAUGCAGGUGAGUGAUGAUUUGGAGAUGCUUACAAGUGUCCCACCUCCUCCAUCUCCUGAGGCACUACAGAAGAUAACCCAAUAUCAAAGGCCUUCAGCACCGUCGCCUCCACCGCCAGAAUCAUCAGAUUCCCCAGAUCAAAGCACAAGAAGAAGUGCUUUCCCUUGUUUGACAGGGAGAUUAUGCAGUGGGUUCAAGAGAACCUAUUAUGGAAAGACCUCGAUAUCAUCAACUACUCCACCAUCUCUCACAUCAGCUUCAGCAUCCCAAAAUGAUUCUUCUCUUUCUACUGCAAAGGGUACUGUGUGUAAUUACAAAGUCGGGAGCAUGAUAGAUUACAAGAAGGAAUCAUCUUCACCACCCCCACCACCAUCAUCAUCAAAAUCUCCUAUAACGGUGGCAAAGCCAUCAGCUUCACCACCCCCACCACCAUCAUCAUCAAAAUCUCCUAUAACGGUGGCAAAGCCAUCAGCUUCACCACCUCCAUCACCAUCAUCAUCAUCAUCAAAAUCACCUAUUACGGUGGCAAAGCCAUCAGCUUCACCGCCUCCACCACCAUCAUCAUCACAAUCUCCUGUAACGGUGGCAAAGCCAUCAGCUUCACCCCCUCCAUCACCAUCAUCAUCAAAAUCACCUAUAACGGUGGCAAAGCCAUCAGCUUCACCGCUUCCAUCACCAUCAUCAUCAAAAUCACCAGUACAGAUAUCCUACAACCCUCCUCACAUUCCCACCAUAGCUUCAUCAUGACAUAUACCGAAUUUUCCAAAUAAAUAAUCUUGUGAUUAGUACUUACAUGAUGAUAUUAAAAAAUAUGAAGCCCUCGAGGAUGGUUGCCUGAGGAAGAGUAGUACUGUCUACAAUUACAAAGCAACUCAUUGUCCGGGAGAAAGUAGUAGGGUCUGUACAUUGGUACGGUAUGCAUUAUCUUUGUAAUAUAUACCAAAGUAGCUAGCUAGGUUAGGUGUAUAUCCUUGUAUUACAUCACCAGCCACUCGCUCAAGUGGUUGCUGUUUGACUAAAAUUUCUGGGUCUAGGUGGUUCUAUAAUCGAUUUUUUAUAUAUGGCUUCUCUCUUCAUUUCC